AUCGAGGCCGAGACCGCGUCACAUUGGGCGCCGUCCUGUAAGGUUCCCGGGCUAGCAUGACGAUCCUCUACGCGCUGGUUGCGCGCGGCAACACGGUGCUCGCGGAGUACACCUUCACGUCGGGCAACUUUCCGACGAUCACGCGCGUGCUCCUGGGCAAGAUCCCCGAGCAGGAUGGCAAGAUGAGCUACGUCUACGACCAGUACGUCUUCCACUACGUCGUCGAGAACAAGAUGACGUUCCUCUGCAUGGCCGACGAGUCCUUCAAGCGGCGCGUGCCCUUCGCGUUCCUCGACGACGUGAAGAACCGUUUUUUCGCGACCUACGGCGACAAGGGCCAGGCGGCGAUCGCGUUCGCGUACAACGAGGACUUCGGGCGGACGAUCCAGAAGCAGCUCGAGUUCUACAACGGGCCCCAGGCGGACCAGUUCGCGACGGUGCACAAGAAGCUCGACGACGUCAAGAACGUCAUGGUCCAGAACAUCGAGAUGGUCCUCGAGCGCGGCGAGAAGCUCGAGCUCCUCGUCGACAAGUCGGAGCAGCUCCAGCUCGACUCCUUCCGCUUCCAGAAGAGCUCGAAGAAGCUCAGGCAGGCCAUGUUCUGGAAGAAGGUCAAAAUCUACAUGCUCAUCGCCUGCGUCGUCCUCGUCCUCCUGUACAUCUUCCUCGCGGUCCUCUGCGGGCCCACGUUCGAGAAGUGCGGCAACAAGGACAAGAAGUAGGCGCGCCGCCGCCCUCGUCGCGCGGGCGCGCCGCGUAGCGGACGUUCCCGAGG